AUGUUUGCAUCAGAUCUGAUGAAAAUAUUCAGAGAUGUUGUGGCUUCGGGAGAGUAUGCGUACGCACCAUCAGCCUCACAGCCUCAGCCAGCGUUUGCUCCACAGCCUGACACAGAAGAGGAGGAUGUUUAUAGAGUCGGGCUAGACCAACAAGAAGGGUCAGGGGAUAGUGAGGAUGAAAACUUUGGAAGCUAUGGAAAGAGAAAGAGGGGUGAGACAUCAGAUGCAAAGAAGAAGAAGAAAGUUGCUGCAACUACAUUAAUUUCUGAUAGCCUGAGUGUCAUAGCAGCUGCUUCUGACAAGCGAGCAGCAGCAUUGGUUGAAGAUCCCCAAAUAGUUGAUAAGGUUUUGGCACACCUGACUACCGUUGAGGAGCUUAAUGAUGACAAUCAACUAUAUUAUGCAUGUGCCAAGAUGCUUACGCGGUUGAGGUGGGCUAGGCGAGCCUAUUUGGGGCUUAUGCAUGAUAGAAGCAAGUUGUUGAGGUGGUUGAUACCGGCAGCACAAGACCCAGACACAUGGAAGUGA